AUGUUUAAAUCUCUCAAGAUUAAGCCUGGAAGGCUCUUGCAAACAAUCCAUGAUACAGCCGAAAGUUUUGGAGCUAUGUACAAAUGGGGAGAACACCACACAGAGACCGGCCUUCGUCGACUUGCUUUGGGGGACGAAGACAAGGGAAUGCGUGACUGGUUUGCCAAAGAAGUGGUUUCUUUAGGUUGUGAGCUAAAAAUAGACGAACUUGGAAACAUGUUUGCUAUCUAUCCAGGCCAAGAUAUGAGUGCUAUUCCCACCGGUGUUGGGUCCCAUCUCGAUUCCCAGCCCACUGGAGGAAGAUACGAUGGACCUUUAGGUGUUCUAGCAGGACUUGAAAUCUUACGGACAAUCAAGGAGAACGGGUAUGUUCCCAACUACCCUAUUGCCCUCAUCAAUUGGACCAACGAGGAAGGUGCUCGGUUCCCAGCACCACUGCUUGGUUCUUCAGUUUGGAGCGGUUCCACCAAAAAGGAAGACAUCUACAAAGUCAAGUCGGUUACUGAUGCCCCUCCAAGGACUGUUCUUGGUGAAUUGGAGAGAAUUGGCUACAAGGGAGAGGUUGAGUGCAGUCACAAGACCAACCCCAUCGCGUGCCAUUUUGAGAUCCAUAUUGAGCAAGCCCCAUUCCUUGAGAUGGCUGGAAAGAAAAUCGGUGUGGUUCAGGGUAUCCAAUCUUUUAAUUGGCAAGAGAUAAUUGUCAGGGGAGAGGCAAAACACACGGAGACCUCACCUAUGGAAGGAAGAGCAGAUGCCCUUCUGGCUGCAGCCAGAAUGGUUAUCAAGGGAAAUGAGAUAGGGAUCAAGUACGGGGGAUUGUGUUCCACAGGAUAUUUGGAUGUGGAGCCACAUGUAUUUAAUGUCAUUCCCAAUGAGGUGAAAUUUUCAUUAGAUACUCAUCACUAUGAGGAGGAUAAAUUGCGUUCCAUGCUGGCUGAAAUCCGUGAAACAUUUGACGCUAUUGCAGCCAAAGGUGAUGGAACCUCGAAGGCAAUCCCGCUGAGCGUGGAGUAUAUUCCCGUAUUUGAAUCGCCUCCUACGCAUUUCCAUCCUGAGUGCAUUGAGACAGUUAGAAACGCUGCCAUUGAGGUUGUUGGUGAGGAUAUGAUCAUGGAUAUCACUGCACGUGCUGGUCACGAUUCGAAAGAAACCAGCAGCAUAGUUCCUACCUCAAUGGUAUUCAUUCCAUGUAAGGACGGUGUCAGUCAUGCCCCUACCGAGUACAGUACUCCUCAGCAGGUUGAGGACGGCUUCAAAGUGUUGAUGAAUGCAGUUCUUGGGUAUGAUUUGUUGCGUAAGGAAAAGGCAUAA